GUUCAGUUUAACUGGACUAGUCAACUUCAACAUGGGAUAAUUUGAUGCUUGAAGCUAACUCAACUGCAUAUCACUUAAAGCAAAUUAGCAUUACUACAAUUUUCAUUUCUGAUUGACGGCAUUUUCUUAAUUAUUGAACAUGUUUAUCUUGUUUCUGGGCUUGCUGACGAGCGUUUUGUGAACAAAGCUCUACAUUUUUUCAAGCAAUUGAUCAUAUAAUUGGAUUCAAGCAUGUUAUUAUAUUUUUAUUGAGCUUUUCCUACCUCUGUCAAAUUGUAGACCACCACUUUGUUCAUGUAACAUGCUCUGCCUCAUUACAGUAAAUAUGUUUAGCUUUAUGUCGUGCUAAGCUAUAUGUAAACUCUCCCUCCCCAUUUCAACUUGCUGAGGAUUUUCGCUGAAUUAAUAGCUGCACAUUGUGUCCGUCUGUGAUAAUAACUUUUGAUAUUCCAGGAUUUUUUGUUGUUGUUGUUGUGCUUAUGUUUGGAUGUCACAAUUACUAGAAGUACGUUUGAUCUGCUCUUCUGUUCAAUGUAGGACAUGCAAACAUUUCAAAUUGGUCAAUGGACUGCACAGCAUAAAUUCAUCUAUCAUAAAUGGACAUGUCGCGAAUUUUCCAUUUGUCCAACUGAACUCUAAAUUCCUCUUAAGUCGCAAAGCUGUUAGUAGAAUCAAUGCUACAUUGACAUCUGGAGGAGGAGACCUAUAUGCUUAUCCAAACAGGUCUGAUGUUGUGAAAAAUGAAGAUCUAGUUGGUGUUGAAUCUGUUGGAACUGAGGUACAACCUGAUGCAAUAGCAGUAAUUCAAGCACUGGGAGCAUACACAGAGCUAACAAGUAAUGGUUUUUCUGAUGAGAAUGAUGAAUUUCAUUUCGACAGUCCAACAGAAGGUUUUGCUUCCAUACCAGAGGCCAUUGAAGACAUUCGGAAUGGAAAGAUGGUAGUGGUUGUAGAUGAUGAGGACAGAGAAAAUGAAGGAGACUUAAUAAUGGCAGCACAGUUGGCUACACCUGAGGCCAUGGCUUUUAUUGUGAAGCAUGGAACUGGGAUAGUUUGUGUAAGCAUGAAAGAGGAAGAUCUGGAGAGAUUGGAACUUCCUUUGAUGGUAAACAGUCGGGAUAAUGAUGAGAAACUCCGUACAGCAUUCACUGUGACAGUGGAUGCUAAACAUGGUACUACCACAGGGGUUUCAGCUCAUGAUAGGGCAACAACAGUCUUGGCCCUUGCAUCAAAAGAUUCAAAACCAAGUGAUUUCAACCGCCCAGGCCAUAUUUUCCCCCUAAAAUACAGGGAAGGUGGUGUCUUGAAGAGAGCUGGACAUACAGAAGCUUCAGUUGAUAUUGCCAUACUUGCUGGUUUGGAUCCUGUGGCAGUUCUGUGUGAGAUUGUGGACGAUGAUGGUUCCAUGGCUAGAUUACCUAAGCUUCGCCAGUUUGCAGAACGUGAAAAUUUGAAAAUUGUAUCCAUUGCUGACUUAAUAAGGUAUAGAAGGAAGAGAGAUAAACUAGUAGAACGUGCUGGUGCUUCCCUAAUACCAACAAUGUGGGGGCCAUUCACAGCUAAUUGUUAUAGGUCACUUUUAGACGGGAUUGAGCAUAUUGCAAUGGUUAAGGGUGACAUUGGAGAUGGAAUAGAUGUUCUGGUGAGGGUACACUCAGAGUGUCUUACAGGAGACGUAUUUGGUUCUGCCAGAUGUGACUGUGGAAAUCAGCUUGCUCUUGCAAUGCAACAGAUUGAGGCUGCUGGUAGAGGCAUAUUGGUAUAUCUUCGGGGACAUGAAGGAAGGGGCAUUGGAUUGGGCCACAAGCUUCGUGCUUAUAACCUACAGGAUGCUGGACGGGAUACCGUAGAAGCCAAUGAGGAGUUGGGAUUACCUGUUGACUCUAGGGAGUACGGAAUUGGUGCACAGAUAUUGAGGGACUUGGGUGUUCGUUCUAUGAAGCUGAUGACAAACAAUCCAGCAAAAUAUGUUGGGCUCAAAGGUUAUGGCUUGACAAUUUCGGGUAGGAUCCCAUUGUUAUCACUUAUCACAAAGGAGAACAAGAGAUACUUGGAGACCAAACGUGUGAAAAUGGGCCACAUCUAUGGCUUGGAAUUUGACAGCAAAUUGAACUAUAGUGACAGGGGUAAUGGUAAAGCCAGUAGUGUUGGUGAUUCUAAUGCUGCUCCUGGCUUAUAAAUCUGCUUUUUUUUUUUUUUUUCUAAACUUUAUGUUGCACACUGCAGAAGAGGAAGGGCAGUGUAGAUUUCCAUACUGCAAAUUGAUAUUAGAAGAAAAAGGAUCAUGAUUCUACUUGUGAUUUAAUUUUUCUAAUUCAUUUGCCUGAUUUUUCUUCUGGCAGCCUUUAUAAAUUUGGUUUCCUCAGACAUUCUUCACUAUGAAACUUUAUCUAGUGCCAUGUAAUGUUAUAUUAGAUGAGGGUAUUGCCUAGACAAAAUUAAGGUUGACUUUUCUUGCUUUAUUUUGUGGUUUUUGUAGAGGCCUAGUGGUUCUUUAUACUUAUAUAAAGGUGCUUCUGUAUAAGAAUGGGUGCUCUUGUAGAGGUUCAUUAUGUAAAGGUACCUUUUUUUCA